UGAUGAAUUGACAUGUGUCAGAAACGCAAUCUCUGAGCGGCUGGACAUAAUUAUUCAUUCUGUUUUAUUUGAAAAAUUCAAAUAUACAAAUAUAGCGAAGUUUUCUUUUUUAAUCUUUAUUAUGUGAUUAGAAUGAAACGUGCUUACAAUAAACAUUCGUAUUCGGGCAAAAAAGUCAACGCCAAACGAUCUCGAGCUGCAUUUUUACGGCAUCAUGGAACAGCAACAACGAAACUAAAUACCAAGUCAUCGUGACAUACACUAGUUCAUUAAAUUCCAGAAGUGUUAAAUGGUUGCCACAGUAUGCAGAAGUAGAAAAACAUACGAUAGAAACAUUAAAAUUAUAAAUAAUAACAGCAAUAACAACAACAAUAAUUACGCAUGCUGAAAAACAUAAUUAUAAGAAUUAAUAUCUUUUUUUUUUAUAGGAUGUUAGAAGUUUGUGUAGAUAGUUUGCAAUCAGCAAUAAAUGCUAUUCAUGGUGGUGCAGAUGAGUUGGAAAUUUGUAGUUCUUUGAAUGAAGGAGGACUAACACCAUCUGUAGGACUUGUCAAGAAAAUAAAGCAUAUAGUAAAUAAUAUUCCCAUGAAAAAGCCAAUAUACAAGACAUGUGUGGAAAGCUGCAGUUGCUUGAAAUUACUCCAGAAACCAAAUUUGAAUAUUAUGAUUAGGUGCCGUACAGGUUCCGAUUUCUGUUACACUGAUGAAGAAGUAGACACAAUGUUGGAAGAUAUUGAAGUAUUUAAGGAAAUUGGCGUUGAUAGAUUUGUUUUUGGUGCUUUGACCAACACUCUGAAAGUGGAUGAAGAGAAUUGUGUGAAAGUCUUAAAUCUUGCCACACCCAUUCCUGUAACAUUUCAUAGAGCUAUUGAUAUAUGUCAAGACUAUAUAAGCUCUGUUAAUACCAUUAUUGAGCUUGGUUUUAAUAGAGUAUUGACAAGUGGACAGAAAGCAAUGGCUGCAGAUACAGAUGCAUUAAAUAUGAUUAAAUUACUUGUAGAGAUGUAUGGUGAUAAAAUUGAAGUGAUGCCGGGAGCUGGAGUAAAUGGUGAUAAUGCAAAAAUAUUUAUUGAUUUAGGCUGCAAAAUAGUACACAGUUCCUGUAAAAAUAUAAGGUAUCUCUGUAAACUUGAAAAUAAUUUAAAUAUGGGUACAAGUGAUAGUGAAUUCAUUUAUGUUAGUGAUGAAAAUAUUGUUAGAAUGAUUAAAACAGUAAUAAAUUCUUAGAUUAUAAGUCUAAAGUAUUAAAAAUGGGUCAACUUUUUGUUAGCUAAUUUGACAAGUUUGAUUUGUUUUUUUUUUAUUAGUGUUUUGUAUUUAAUAAAUGAGUUUUUGAGCAAUCAAAAGGAGUGAAAAUUAUAAGAAAAAAAUAAAUAAAUAAAAGGAAACACUUGUGACCAGUAAGAGUCUUAAAAUUAAACAUAACUACAAUUAUUUUAAAAUUUCACAUUUCUCUUAAAAGAAUUAGUCUUAUUUUCUAGUGUUGUAAGUAUCCGAAAAACAUUCCUGCAAUUGAAUUAAAAUUCAAAAAAUUAUUUGAAUUUUGUGCUAUAUUCUUACAUUAUAUAAAUAAGAUAUUUAUGUAAAUAUGUGUGUAGAGAAUUUAUUGAGUGUUAUGUAGAUUAGCGUUAUUAAUAUUAAAUUAAAUUACAUUGUUAUGACGAUUAUUAAAGUUAUUAAUAGAACAUCAACCAUUAUUGACUUCAAAAAAGAUUUUUA